AUGAUGUCAUGUUUUUCCCGAAGGCUUCACUUGCUCACCGCGGAGUUCAUCUUUGCCCAGACCGACGGCUCGGUAUUGAUUUGGCCCGCAAAUUUCCAACUGCAGCUUGGACCGUGUGCUGUUUUCCUGGCCAUUGGUGGCACCUUGUCACUGCUAUCUAGUUUCGUGCUGUUGAACUCCCAUGCAGCGAAGCGGACACGAAAGGAAGAUACCGUACAAAGAGUGCGACGACCCCCACUGCACCGGUCCAAGACAUCCACUCGAGCCGCAGGUGAACUUCUCUUCGAGGCGGAUCGGGGGGGAAAUGAUUCCGAAGCCGAGCGUGUGCCGUCCUCCUUUCAGUGUCAAGGAUGGCUGCAGUUUGCGAGCCAAAGCCUCGUGGGAUUUAGGAUAUCGUAG